UCUUGGAUCAGUAGCGCAGUGGCAAGCAAGGAAGGAGGGUGGUUCGUGCGCGCUAUAAUCUAACUCCCUUUUUUUUCUGUCGUUCUUGAGGACGUGUGCGUGUCUCCUCGCGUAGUGGGGUGGUUAGAUCGAGGAGGUCCUCUCACUCACUCUUUUUCUCUCUUUCACUUUCUCUCUCUCUUUCUCUUUCUCUCUCGCAGUCGUGCUUUCGCGUGUGUGCCCAAAAAAAAUGUAACAUGGCGAUGGUCGCGUCGAACAUGAGCGGCCACAUACAAAAGCAACUCACCAGGAGCCUCGAACGGAUCCUGGAGGAGGCUCAUCUUAGUGGCGAGUUGAAGUUAAGCGGCAGGAAGCUCAAGGAUUUUCCAAAAGUCGGCAAACCUGGCGCUGCCAAAUAUAAUCUGCAGGAUACAGUGAUAGCCGAUCUUUCGAAGAAUCGCUUUGUCGAGCUGCCAGAAGAGGUCACGGAAUUUCCUUUCCUCGAGAAACUACAUCUUUACCACAAUGCCAUAAGAAUCAUACCGGAAACUGUCGUGAUGCUUCAGUCAUUAAACUACCUCGAUCUUAGUCGAAAUCAAUUGACGUCACUACCUCGAGAAAUCUGUAGGCUACCUCUUCAGACGUUAUUGGUCGCACACAACAGAUUAGCAUCCCUACCAGAUGAGUUAGGGAGGAUGUCGGCUCUUGCAGAACUGGAUGCAGGUUGCAACGAAAUCGCGACACUUCCACCUCGUAUAGGUGACCUUGCACGACUCAGAUCCCUAGACCUGAGGAGCAACUUGUUGGUGCACCUGCCUAUAGAACUUACGUACCUGAGGCUCGUGAAGCUGGAUAUUAGCGGUAACCGGAUAUCUGUGCUUCCAAACGAAAUGAGAAAGAUGAAAAGCUUGGUAGAUUUUAAGCUCUCCGAUAAUCCUCUGACCUCGCCGCCUGCUUCGUUAUGCAUUCGCGGGCGAACGCACAUCUUCAAGUACUUGGAGAGGCAGGCGGCGAAGCACGAGAGGGCGAGAGGAGGACGUGCAAGAAGAGGACCUCUGGAUGCUCGGGGUCAUGCAACCUUGGACACCAGAUCUCAUAGGCGCCAUAACGUUGACAGUGGUUACAGUACGAGCGAUGGGGUUGACAAACGUUGGUCCCAAGAAAUUCAUAGCGCGGUGCACGACGGUGAGGUACGGGGUUUAUGGCGUCAAGAGUGUUCACCGCUUUCCAUAACGUUGCCACACGAAACCGGAAUAAAUGGAUCCUGCAGUGGCACGUCUACACCGAGUACGAUUUCACCGGGUGAACAUACGUCCUUGGAGGACGAGCUGGGCAAGGCCAUGAUACUUCACGAUCAGCUGGAGAAGAGGAGGUUGGAGAGAAGCACUUCCGAGAAUGGCGCGGACAUAAGAAGACCGAUGACCUCUGGCCUCCAUCAUACGUCUAUCACGCCACCGGGUCCCUUGGAAACGACGCAUACGAGCCAGUCUCAACCAAUUUCAACGACUCAGUCGGUGCAGCCAAUCCAGGCUACGAGCAAUUCAACGUCGCUAUUGAAUGGGGAUGAUAAGAGGCCGUUAAAUCACAUCCAAACGUACAGGGAAUACAAGGAAGCAUUGAGGCAACAAAGGGCCAACGAGGGUCCAAGUGUUUACAGACCAAGGGAACAGGUGACACCUCCGGGCAACGAAUCACAGAACAACGAGACUGACUCGAAUGGAGCCAAGGAGGGCAUUGCCCUUACUGGCAAGCAAAUAUUCAACGAGGAAAAUGCGACGAAGAGGCCGGUGCAAAAGGUCACGCCCUCGAGGAUAAAUUAUCAAAAUACACCUAUCAUCAAUGGUAGCAAUAACGAGUACAAUAAUAAAAAUGGAAAGUAUCACGAGCAGCCUUACAAAAAGCCAAAUUCGCCUAUCAAAACGUCGAGCAGUAUAAUGUCGAAUAAUACCAGUCCUGGACAUACUCCGAGAUUAGUCAAAACAGCUGUUGGCUAUGUCGAAGGUAACAAAAGUCCAAGCAGAAAUGGCGGAAGUCCUAAGUCGUCGAGAUCCGUUACGUGGAAUAGCAAUUUGCCGGAAAAGUACUCGUUCACAAUGAGGAGAGAGUUCGAACGUGCCAAAGAGGAAGCCGAUUUGAUCGAACAACUCAGGAACCAUAUAGAAACGAGACUGAAAAUGGCUUUACCGGAAGAUCUGGCGCCAGCAUUGACCGAUGGCGUCGUACUUUGUCACUUGGCGAAUCACGUAAGGCCACGAUCGGUAGCCAGCAUACAUGUCCCAUCACCGGCCGUACCUAAGCUCACAAUGGCAAGAUGCAGACGUAACGUUGACAAUUUCUUGGAGGCCUGUCGAAAAAUAGGCGUUGACGAGAAUCUGGUUUGUUGUGCGAGCGACGUUCUCGAGGGCGGUCGUGGUGUUGUACGUGUCGCAGUGACCGUUUCGGAGCUUCUAAGGUUUCAUCAGACUCGAUCGCCCUUGCAGACAUCGUCUAGUUUACCGAAUCAUGUGCCAGCUUAGCGCCAGACGAUUUAAUUCACGAAGCAUUUUUUCGUCGUUGACCACAGAGAGAAAGAAAGAAAUAGAGAUACAGAGAUGGAGAGAGAGAGAAAAAGAGAGAGAGAGAGAGAUCAUAGAAACGAUCAUCUAAAUCGUUCGUUUCCACAACGUUUCCUGCAGGCACACGAAGAAAAGAAAAAAAAAAAGAAACAAAAAGAAAGAAGCAAGAAGACAAAAACAUAAUAGACGCGCAGUUUUUUUUUCUCUUUUUUUUUUUCUUUUUGACUUUUCGAGAAUCGACUGUACGAUUUUCUCGCAAUCUUUUUUCGUUGAUCGAGACGAUAUUUCGCGUAUCUCGUGAAUUCGAUUAACGAAAGUCUCUGUUGGAAAUUUAAAUGAUAUAAAUUGUAUUUUUUUUUUUUUUUAUUUCGGAUAGUACGAAACGAAAAGAAAAGAGAAGAAGAUAACGAGAUAUAGGAAAAGAUCGAUAGAUUUAAUAUCUCGAUCGAUCGUUCUGGAUCCGUGAACAAUUAUGGAGAUUCGUAUCUCGUUUUGAAACAAUUCUUUUUUUUUUAUUCUUUCUUUCUUUUUUCCUUUUUUUUUCUCUCUUAAGGAACGUUAAUAAUUGUGAUUUUUUAAUAGUUGUAAUUUCAUUGUUAAAAGAUUCGAUAUGGUUCGCAUGAUUGAACUUUUGAGAUUUCCUUUAUUUCAAUUUCGUUACCGACGAUCGAUAAAUACCGAGCGAUUGGUCGGUAAUGUAGAAAAUCUCAAGGAAUUAUCUUUUUAUCUUCAACGAUCCAUGCGUCAAUUCUUUGCCGACAUUUAUCAAUACGAUGUGAUCUAGAUAUCAAAAAUAUGCGAUAACGAUCGCGUGUUCAACGGGAUCGCAAUUUAUUUCUUUUUUCUUUUUCUUUUUCUCCUCAUUCGAAUAAAUUACGAAGAUAUCUUCGUAACGAGUAGCUUCGAAUGAUCUAAACGAGAUAGUAGAUGUUACGAUAGUACUUUUGAUACUUUUUUUUAGUCGAUAUUUAACGAGAGCACGUGCUCAUUGAUUUACAUAGUGCGGCAAUAACUCUCUGACAUUCUUUUUUUUCAAGUAGAACGAUCUAAAAGGACUUUGAAAAAUUCGACGAAUAAUCCGAUAGACUGUAAUCAGCCAUGACACUUAACUAGGUAUAAGAAAUUUUAUACGAUAUCUUAACAAAGAGAAUUGAAAAAAAAUCGAGUGUAACGACGUGGAGAUGGUGGGAAGGGGGGAGGAUAAAAUUGUUUCGACUGAUGAGAAAAAAGAAAGAGAAUGGGAGAGAAAGAGAGAAAGAGAGGGAAGAAAAAGAGAGAAGAAAAGAGAGUAUGCGCGUAUGUGUGUUAAGUGAGUUUUUACACCUAAAAAAAGUAUGCGAAGUCUCUUGAAUAACGUAGAAUUAGGACCAAUUUAUAGGAAAAAAAAAAAUGAUAAGCUUCAAGCAUGUGUCGCUGAAUGUGAAAGAAACGAAAAGAAAAAAAGAAAAAAAAAACCGAAAUAUAUAUUAUAUACAUACGUAUAAACGAAACUGUGGAAGAAGAAAUUAGAGUUUGCAAAAUCAAAGUUCGAACCGGCGAAAAAUAAAAAGGAAAAGGGAAUAAAUGAUACUCUCGUGCAUAUAUUUAAAAUAAUUUCUGCAAAAAUAAAAUAUAAUAAUAAUAAUAAUAAUAAUAAUAAUAAUAAUAAUAAUAAUAAUAAUAAUAAUAAUAAUAAUAAUAAUAAUAAUAAUAAUAAUAAUAAUAACAAUAAUAAUAAUAAUUAUAAUAAUAAUAAUUAUAAUAAUAAUAAUAAUAAAAGGAAAAAAAAGAGAAGGAGUAUACGUACGCAUAGAAUCUACAUGCUGAUUACAGUUGCUACGAAAUUAUUUCUACUCUUAAAUUAAAUUUUAAUUGGAUUGAUUUAAUCGUAUCAAAGAUGAUAUAUAUAUAUUUUUUUUCUUUUCUAAUCAAUUACGUUCGAUAUUACGCCGAGGUGUUGUAAAAUUUAUUUCCCAAGGAAUAGUUAAUGCAUAUUAAUUAUACUUCCUCGAUAUUUUAUUAGAGAGAUAAGAGAUAUCGAGGGUAUUUAUGUACGUACGUACGUAUGUAUGUAUAUAUGUAUGUGUGUGUAUGUUUAUGCGUAUGAAGGGGGGUUGUAUGAGUGUGUGUUCGUACAAUGUACUUACAUACUUACCAUACAACUCGAAAUUAUUUCAAUAAUUCAAGUUUUUAAUAGGACUUUUAUUAGAGUCAUAUUCGUUCGCGAAUCACGAAGCAUUUUGCUUGAAAAUAUUCAACGAUACGUAUGUAAGUAGAUACGUGUGAUUAAACGUGUUCAGCUUCGAUAAUUAUUUCGAUCGAUCGAUCGAUCGAAUAUUCGAAGAUCAAACUCCAAAAAAAGAAAAAGGAAUGUUCAUCAUAAAAUUUCAAUAUGAUCUUUCUCAGUUCUAUAACUUUGUCUCUCUCUCUCUCUCUCUCUCUCUCUCUCUCUCUCUCUUUAUCUAUCUCUCUAUCUAUCUAUCUAUUUAUCUAUCUAUGGAUCUAUCUAUCCAUUUAUCUAUCUCUCAUUCUUUAUUUCGUAUAUCGUUCAUAUCUUAAUUUCAAAGUCCCUUUUUUAAAAUUUCCUUCUCUUCCCUUCUCGUUUAAAUUUUCGAUCAAUCAAAAUCAUCUUCGUAGGUAGAAUCGUUUACAUGAGAGAAAAAACAAACAAAUAAACAAACAAACAAGGAAGUAAGUAGAUCUUCGCUGACAAAGAUAACGUUCAAUUAGUUAGGAAAUUUUUGCAAUCGAUCGCGUCACUGCCUUUUUUAAAAUCGACGAUAGUUUAUAUAAAUAUAUGAUUUGAAAGGAUUUGAAUCGUUCAAACAAAUUGUUCUUUAAUCGAUAUGGAAAAUGAUUAUUGUAGGUUUCGCAUUUUUUUUCGCCUUUAUUUUUUUUUUUUAAUAUUUAUUUUUUAUUUUUUCCCCUCUCUUUUCGUUAUACGUGUGUAUAUAUAUAUGUAUAUUUUUUUUUUAUAUAUUAUCUUAUAUUCAUUCACGCAUAUCACUGCCGAUAGUUGGGCCUAUUAGCAAAGUGCCAUUGUUUUAAUUUUAUUAAUCAAAUUCGAUCCGUUCAAUCGUUCUCGUGAAUGUGAAAAAAUAAAAAAUACAUUUAAGAAACGAUUACGUUUGUCUUUUCAAAGGAUAUUGAACGAGAAAGUAAUUUGCUUUAUUUUUUUUUUGUUGUAUUUUUAUAUUCUUUUUUUUUUCUUUCUUUUAAUAUUAAUUUUAAUUUCGUCCGUGCCUCGUCAAGUAAUAAUAUACUUAUCCCACCAAUCUUGUAAUAUAUAAAAUAAAAUAAUAAUGUUUCGGAAUUAAGUAUGAUCUUUAAGAUUUCAGAAGGCUUGACAGGAAUUAAUAGGAACGAUCGAUAUCUUGUAAGAUCGACGAUGGAUUAAGGCCUAGGUGUUCAUGCUGAGCCAUAUAUUAUAUUUAACAAUUGAUUCUUCUUCUUCUUCUUCUUCUUCUUCUUUUUUUACAAAAAAAAAGAAAAAAAAACAAAUAAAUAAAUCGAUGCUAAUCGAUCAAUUUAUCGCGAUACUAAUCUGUAUUUCGAAAAUGUGGUGGAAAAGAGAAGAAAAAAAGGAAAAAAAAACGAAAAAAGAGAAAAAAAGGAAAAAAGAGAAAAAAAUAAUUAAAGCAAAGAAAAAGAAAAAAAAUUAUAUCCCCAAGUACGCUAAAAUAAUUUGUCGGAUCGUUUGAAAGCGAUAAUCUCGAUUAGGUGCUAAGUCCUGUAUGGUUAUGACAAUUAAUUAUUAUUGUCGCUAAUUCUUAUUAUUAUUACUAUUAUUCUAAUUAUUAUCUAUUACUACUUACUAUUAUUAUUAUUAUUAUUAUUAUUAUUAUUAUUAUUAAUUAAUUAAUUAAUUAAUUAAUUAUCGCGCGUCAUUAUCAUUCGUAUCUCUAAACGUCAGUCUUUUCUUAUUUCCUUGCGUGUGUUCGCGUAAAAAGGAUAACGAAGGAUCUCAAGAGAUUUAAUCAAUAAGGAUUUUGAAGGAGGAAGGAGAAUGAACGAAUCGAUGUUCGAUCUAUCGAACAUCGAUAUUAGAGAGAUGUAAUUAUAAUAUUCAUAUUUAUUGUGCCAAAGAUGUAACUACGUUUCUUUUUUCAUUUUUAUUUGUCUUUAUUUUCUUCUUCUUCUUCUUUUUAUUAUUAUUAUUAUUAUUAUGAGAUAUUAUAACGAUUCUUUUUUUCUUUCUUUUUUUUCUUUUUAAUCAUUUAUACUCGUAUCGAGAGUUGAAUGAAUUAAAUGAUUUUGCAUUAUAAAUAGGAUCAAAGUGAAACUUGAAUAUUAUCGAGUUUCUUGCAAUACCUAUCCCAUGUAAUCGUUUUAAUUGUACCAAUGUUAAAGGAGAGAAAAAAAAUGAGAAAAGAAAAAAAGGAAAAAAGAAACAAGAAAGAUCUUCGAUCGAUUAAUCGGUAAGUCCAAGAACGUCGAAGACGAGUUUAUGUUUACGAAUAUUCAACGAUUUCGUCUCGAAUAAUUAUACGAGUAUAUAUAGAUAUAAUAAUCGAUUAAGAUCGAUAUAUGAGAUUUGACCUUUUGACGAUUGUUAAUUAUCCGUAUAUAGUUACAUAUAUAAAUCUCAAAAGUUUCAUUAAAUGACAAAUCUCUAAAAAGAUCGAAUCGACUGAUAAUUUUUUAUCGGAUUAGGUACUUCGUCUUUUCUGUUUUUGUUUCUUGUUCUUCUUUCUCUUUCUUUUUUUUUCCUUUCUCCUUCGCGUUCUUUAUCUUUUUUUCUUUGUCUUCAUUUUCUUCUUUUACUUUUAUUUUCUUCUUCUUCUUCUUCUUCUUCUUCUUCUUCUUCUUCUUUUUUGUUCUUGUUCGCAAAGAUGCAUCGAUGACACGUAGGUAAUCUGUAAGUCACGUGUCCUUCGAGGAAUUGUAUUAUUAUAGAUCAUGAUCGAUUGUAUUGACAUGUGUUCCGUCGAAUCGUGCAAAACGCUCGAACAACGCGAGAUUGUUCGGGAAGUGUUCCAUUCGAAAUUAGAUUUUCAGUAUUAUUUUUUUUUCCAUUCGAAAGUUCAUCCUUUGUUGAUUCAUUCGUUCAUUCAUUGUUUUAUAUAUACAUAUAUAUAUAUGUGUGUGUGUAUAUGUAUAUAGAUAUAUAUUUUUUCGUUUCGUUUCGUUUUGUUUUCUCUUGAAAAAAGAAAUACGAACGCGAAAGUGAAUCCUCCGUUCUUCCGAAAAGCCUUCGAACCUUUUUCUCUCUAAUGAAAAAAAAAAAAGGAAAAAAAAAGAAGAAAAAGAAGAAGAGAAAAAGUGAAAAUAAAAAAAAAAACACAGAACAAUCUAAUCGCUAUUUCUACCGAAGUCGAAAUAUUUUUCACAAUCAAUCGUGUAUCUACUGCGAAGUAAUGGAUGUCAAUUUUUUUAAGGAAGGACGAAUGGAACCAAAAAUAAAAAUAUUAAAAGAGAUAAGAAGAGAAACAAAUUACAUUUGAUAGGAUUUUACUUUCCGUACGUUUUUCUACACGAAACAAACACAACAAAACCGAUUUCGUUCGAUCGAUAUUCGUCCUGAAUGAUCGCUCGCUAAUGACGGAUUAUAACGCGCAUAACGUUAUAUAUAUAUAUAUAUAUAUAUAUAUAUAUAUAUAUAUAUGUAUGUAUGUAUAUGUAUGAGAAAGAAAUUAAUUAUAGAUACCAUGUAUAAAAUAAAUCGAUCGAGAAAAUAUUGCCUAUGCA